AGCUGCAGCAAUUCGGUUCGUUUGGGUUGCAGCAAUUUUUUUAAGUCGUGAUCUCAUUUUAAUAGAUUUUUCUUCGCAAAUCAUUUGAAUUCUAAUUUGUUAUAAACGAGUGUGUUUGCUGUGGUGGCAAGAAUCAUACAUAUAMAUAAUCGGCCGUGUUAUUUUGCAUUAAAUAGAACUGCGAUGGCGGAACCUACGCCCGGCCACAUAUUGCUGUUGCUUGGCCUUUGUUGCACACUGGUGCAAGCCAGUUACCCACUCAAAAUACUUGGCUUAUUUCCACAUCCAGGCAUUAGUCACUUCCACUUCUUCCACCCCAUUAUGCGGGGCUUGGCCGAGAAGGGUCAUGAUGUUACCGUGUUAAGCCAUUUUCCUGAUAAAAAUCCACCGCCAGGAUACAAAGAUCUGCUAUUAACAGGCGAUUUGAUGGAUUCCUUAGACGUGCAGUACUUCGAAACGCAACACUUCUACAGUCGCUUCAUAGGAUUUUAUAUGCUUAACCACUUUGGGAAGCACGACUGCAAUGCCACAUUGCAUUCCGAAGCUUUGGCACAGGUGUUGCGAGAGCGACAACAUUACGAUGUGGUCAUCCUUGAGCAAUUCAAUAGCGAUUGCAUGGCAGCGGUGGCGCAUCAACUCAAUGCGCCAUUUAUAGGGAUGGUCAGUUCUGCUAUGAUGCCUUGGCAUUACGAACGCGUGGGCGUGCCCAUGGUAACCUCAGUUAUGCCAACAUUAUUUGUGGGACAAUCCGAGGACAUGACAUUCGGCGCUCGUCUCGCCAACUGGUUCACCCAUCACGCCAUGCGUUUUCUUUACGAUAAUUUCAACACGCCCGCUAUCGAUGCCAUGAUACGCGAAAAAUUCGGACAAAAUACCCCCUCGGUUGGCGAAUUGACGAAGAAAACAUCAAUGCUAUUCGUCAAUCAGCACUUCUCAUUGAGCGGUGUCAAACCGCUGCCACCGUCUGUUCUCGAUCUCGGCGGCAUGCACAUACAGAAGGUCAAGCCGCUUGAUGCCGAACUGCAAAAGUUCAUCGAUGGGGCGGAACAUGGUGUGGUCUAUAUUAGUUGGGGUUCUAUGCUACGCGCCGCCUCUUUGCCGCCCGCCAAACGUGAGGCUAUCGUACACGCUGUGAAGCAACUCAAACAACGGGUGAUUUGGAAAUGGGAAAACACCACCCUGGAGGACAAGCCGGAUAAUCUGUAUAUUAGGAAGUGGUUGCCACAACGUGAUAUACUUUGUCAUCCGAAUGUGAAGGUGUUCUUAUCGCAUGGCGGUCUAAUGGGUACUUCGGAGGCAGCUUACUGUGGUGUACCAAUGGUGGUCACACCCAUGUUUGCUGAUCAGUUUUUGAAUUCAGCCGCGUUAAAGUACCGCGGUAUGGGAGUGGAGAUGAAAUAUAACGAUAUCACUGAGAAUGCAGUGCUGAGCUCGAUAAGAGAGGUGUUAAAGAAAGAAUAUUUGGAUAAUGCCAAAGCGGUCUCAUUCUCCUAUAGACAUCGUCCACAGAGCGCACUCGAGACUGCCAUUUGGUGGGUGGAAUAUGUCGCCAAAACUAAGGGUGCUCCACUUCUCAAAGCUCACGCCGUGCAUGUAUCACGCUUCGUUUACCACUCAUGGGAUAUUUAUCUAUUCCUUGUGGCCAUUAUAUUGUUAUCGGUUGUGAGUUGGACCUUUAUAUGCACUAGGCUGUGGUCGCGGCGUCCAAAGGCUGUUAAACAAAAGUCAAAUUAAACAAGGAGGUGAGGAUUACAGAUGAAGAGAGUUAUUUCAAUAAAAUUUAAUUUGAGCACUUUAUGUGAUCUCUCAGACAUAUUAGUUAACUAAUAGCUGUAAUUCAUAACUGGGUUUAAAACAAUUAAUUCAUGCAGUCAUCACAAUUAGCGUAAUUUAGCUCAAAAGGAGCGUGAAGGAAGAGAUAAAAGUUAAAAAUAAAAUAAAUAAAA